ACAGCUCUCAGUACGUGUCUGGCAGCUGUGCGGGGAGCCUGUGCGGUGGGAGCUUCCCUGAUAUAACAGCUCCUACUGAACGUGUGGCCAUUGAGUGACCGGGGAUAGGAAGACAGCCUCCUGGAGCAUCCUUAGAGCUGGAAAAUAAGGUUAAGGAUAGAGGAAGGCGGCGUGAGAGUGAACCGCGCAGACACCAUGCUGAGAACCGCGGGAAGAAGAACCUUUCCAUGUAUUUUUAGAACCCCAACGCUACAGGAGGAAGAGAAGAAGGCAUUACUGGUGUCACUCUAAUCUCCACGCUUCCUGGAUAACGCUUGGAUAACUGUUAUAAAAGGAAAAUAAAGAAAAAAGGGGAAAAGGUUAUAAAAGCAGCGCCACACGAGAGACGAGUAAGAAAAAAAAAAAAAACACCCAAGAGUGUGUUUGUGUGUGUGUGUUUGUGGCCUAAAGGGAGAAUUAUUAUUAUCAUUGAAACCACAGUACACCCGCAUCUCGGUUUAUAUUACUGCAUUUGUGAAAUAUUGUGUGUGACGUGAUCUACGGGUGUGUGUGUGGGUGCGAGGAAGAGAGAAGCGGUCAGACGGAGGAGGAGCAGCAGCCGAGGCGUUUGAUGUGUGUGGAAGGCGUUGGUUGCGUCAUACUUACACACGAGUACUAGCACACACACUACUACUUCUAACACAUACCCACACGACUACUAACAAACACCCACUAUCACACGCACACGACCACUACUACUAACUAAAAUACACUCAAACACACACAUACACGCCUCCAGCACCACGCCCGCACCCCGCCACCACAAGUAAGCGGUGUUUGGAUGUGCUGGAAGCGGCGGGCACGAAGCACACCUCACACACACGCUGCAGGAAGGUGUGUGUCAGCGUGGGUGUGGGUGCGAGGUGACUUCCGCGCCCACGCCACGCCCACGCCAGCACCACCACGGCCUGCUCGUGACGAAGGGCGUGGGCUCUAGCCCCCGCCCACGCACACACGCCCGCACCACAGCAGCUCCACGCCCAUCAAAGAUUCUAACAUCUUGAUAUCCAUUCUAAAGUAGGGGGACCAGAACUGGACCGCGUAAUCAAGAAUGGCGUAGCAGACAUGGAGGAGGAUGAAGAGAAGUGGCGCCCGUGGAGAAGAGGAGGAGGAGGAGGAAGUAGAAGAAUAGGAAGCAGCAGAAGACGAAUAGGAGAAGAAGGAGGAAUGGAAGGAGAAGAGGAGGAUGACGGAGAAUUAGGAGGAGGAGGAGGAAGAUUACAUAGAAGACAGUUAAUACAAGAAAGAAGAACUAUAGGAGGAAGAAGAUUAGGGGAAAGAUUAGAAGAAGAAGAAGAAUCCGUAAAAUCAACAGGAAGACUCGUAAGAAGACUAGGAAGAUUAGGAGGAGGAGGAGGAGGUAGAUGGGGGUUGUUCCAGUACCUCCUCCUCCUCCUGCACCUUCUUCCCUUCCUGGUGGGGGCGCUGGGGGGGGCGGAGGCAGUGACCACAGAGCCCCAGCGCGUGAAAAGCUUCUUGGAGUACUCGGACGUCUCCCCUUCAACGGUGCCACCCUGCCUCGACCCCGGUGAAGGGAACCCAGACAUCAAGGCCCAGCACAUCUACGUCAACGAGAAGGAGCAGCCCCUGACCAUGAUGACAUCCCACCACGUUCCGCACCAACUUAUGACGCGCAUCGUGGCCAUCUUCCUCAAGGAGUGGCUGGGAUACGUUAACCUCACCAUCAUCACGGUCCCGGAGAGCUUCGACCCCGGCGCCGUGGUGGAGAACAUGAUGCCGAAGAAGGAGGAAUGGAAUGUUAGGUAUGGGAGCCGGCCACGCCCUCGCCCCACGCGCAACCCCGACUGGCUCUCCCCGCUCAUCUUCAAGUUCAUAUUCGUGGACGGAAAUUUGGUCCUCGUGGCCAACAAGACAAGCAUAGAGGUUCAGAUCCCACAAGCCAUGGUCAACCUGAAGGUGUGGGUGCCCCCUGGAUACAACCUGGAGCCUCUCACCACAGAAUUUGACACCAGCAGCUACCUUGGCACGGGGGGUCGGUUUGGGUGGUUCCUGCCUGCCAAGCUGCUGGACUACAACGACUUCAUCCUGGAACACUGGCGCUCCUUCAUCACCAAGGACUCACUCACCCUCAAGAUAUUCCACAGGACGCCACAAGAGCUCCAGACCCUUAGCAACAAGGUUCGUGACCCAGGGACUGAUGAGUUCUACUGCCCCAGUGACCUUAAACCGGAGCUGCAGUGUCAGGGCGGCAUCUUCUCCCCCCCGUGGUGCCAGUCAAGCAGUGCCGUGUGUGCUGUUCUCUUCACCUCCAGGGCGGAGCUGGAGAUCGCCACGUUCCUCCACCAGCAGAUCCUGACCAUGAAGGCGUUCGUGCGUGUGGCGUACAUCGGGCCGCACCUGGACCACAACUUCCUGCGCGCCAACAUGAUGUUCCCCAAAUACCAGGGCAUCCUGCGCAGCGUCCUGGUGUUCCACUGGUGGCCGUCGGUGCUGCUACAACCCUUCAACUUCACCUCCGUUUCAUUCCAGCCCUGCAUCGAUAGCUCACAGUUUGCAGACGCCGCCGCGGCCUUCCAGUGCAAGUAUGAGAUGCAUCCCUUCCAUAAGUUUGUCUGGAAGAAGCUGGUGAGAUACGCCAAGUUCGCUUAUGAGGCCUUACACAUGGUACAGAUCAACAACAUCCAGUUCUCUGAGAUCCUCAACAUCUACAACACCAUGGAGGACCACGGACCCAACACCCUCGACAAGGUGGCCUGCACAUGGAUGAAGAGGAACAAGGACCACUGGCGGCACUGGCACUCGGGUCACAUCCUCCACGAACUCCGCCUGGUUGGUCUCUUCCCCAUGAACUCCACCGAGACGGAGCGCUUCAAAUUCGUGGCGCCGGGCAAUGUUCCGGCGUACUUCAUGGCCGUGGAUGCCAUCAAUGCCAACAACAGCAUCUUGAAGGACUACCACAUACGGACGAUUGUGCUCAACGGCGCUUGUAACUCGGCGAUCGUCAUGCGGAAGUUCAUUGAGAUUCUACAGCGCUCGUCUUCCCAGGGAUUUUAUAACAACAUGAUCGGGUUUGUGGGGCCGGCCUGCUCGGACACCAUUGAGCCCAUCGCCGGCGUUUCCAAGUACUUCAACAUCCCCAUCAUCUCCUACGGGGCCGAGGGGGCGAUCUUCUCCGGCCAGGACGAUUACCCCUACUUCUUCCGCACCAUACCGGAGAACAAGAUAUUUGGUCACGUGUACAAGCACCUCUUCCGGAGCAUGGAGUGGCGGAGGAUUGCGUCGCUGGUGGAGGAGGGCCACCGCUACUCAGAAUACCUCACCGUGCUGGAGGAGAUGCUGCAGGAGCACAACAUGACGCUCGACAAGAAGGAGUUUUCCGACGAGCGCAAGACCUCGGACGUGACCACCAAGCUGCAGACCCUUCGCAAAGACAAGUUCCGCAUCAUCAUUGGCGACUUCUAUCAGGACGUGGCGAGUGAGGUGCUGUGCGGCGCCUACCACCUCCAGAUGACCGGCCGGGAGGGCUACUUGUGGUUCCUGCCUCACUGGUUUUCCAAGGACUGGUACAGCUCAGACUCUAAGGAUGCCAGCAGCAACUGUUCCACUGAGGAGAUGAAGCAGGCGCUGGAGGGGCACAUGUCUCUAUCCUACAAGUACUUCGCCGAGAGCUCCGACAUCAUGCAGACCGGGCAGAACAUCAGCUCAUGGAGAGUAGAGUAUGGGAAGAAAAUCAAAGAGAUCAACUUCAGCGUCCCAGCCUCAGACUAUGCUGGCUUCACCUACGAUGCUGUGUGGGUGUACGCCCUCGCCCUCGACCAGCUGUUCAAGGAGGACCCCUCGUACUCAGCUGACCUGCGCGCCACCAACACCACACAGGCAUUCAUGAAGAAAAUCUCUGGGCUGUCCUUCAACGGGGUAUCCGGGCACAUCAACUUCACCUCGGACAGCACCCACGGCAUUGAGACUCGCAACUCGCGCCUCACGGACAUCAUCGUGUGGCAGUUCCAGUCCGGGAAAUACGUCCAGAUCGCAAGCUACCACCCGAGGCCUUCCCUGGCAGACGAGGGAGAGCUCACCAUCUUCAAGGACAAAAUCAUCUGGCCGUCAGGAGCGAAACCAGACGACGGGAGUGAGAAGUGCGUCGUCGAGGGCUUCAGAAACUUCCUCAACCUGACGUGCACGCAAGCCGUCGUCGUCCUCUGCACCAUCUGCUUCAGCGGCCUCACCCUCAUCCUCCUCGUUUGCUUCUUCAUCUUCAAACGCAGGUAUGAGAAGAAGCUGGAGCAGAUGCAGGAAUUCUGGCGCGGCCGUCCCUUGCUGGAGAUCUUCGACGGCUGGGAGAUUCCACGCGACAAGGUGGUGAUCAACCGCAAGCUGGGGGAGGGAGCGUUUGGCACUGUGUACGGCGGGGAGUGCCUCUUUGACUCACAGGGAUGGGUUGCCGUGGCGGUGAAGACCCUCAAGCUGGGCUCCACCAUCUCCGAGAAACUUGACUUCCUGUCCGAGGCCGAGAUGAUGAAGAACUUUGAGCAUGAAAACAUCGUCCACCUCCUCGGCGUUUGCACCAAGACCGAGCCCAUCUACACCGUCAUGGAGUUUAUGCUUUACGGCGACCUCAAGACGUACCUGUUGGCGCGUAGGAACCUUGUCAACGAGAAGAGCCGCAGUGAUGACGAUGAGGUGAGCAACAAGCGCCUCACCUCCAUGGCUCUGGACAUCGCGCGGGGCCUGGCGUACCUGGCGCAGAUGAAAUACGUACACAGGGACGUGGCGUGUCGGAACUGCCUGGUCAACGCCAACCGCAUGGUGAAGCUGGCGGACUUUGGCAUGACCCGGCCCAUGUAUGAGAACAACUACUACAAGUUCCACCGCAAAGGGAUGCUGCCGGUGCGCUGGAUGGCCCCGGAGUCGCUUACCGAGGGCGUCUUCACCACCAUGAGUGACAUCUGGUCCUAUGGCGUGCUGCUGUAUGAGAUCGUCACAUUCGGGGCAUUUCCCUUCCAGGGGAUGACCAACGACCAGGUCUUGGAGCACGUCAAGGCAGGUCACACCAUCGCCAUUCCUCGGGGGGUCAAGACACAGCUAGAGGUGCUGCUGCGCAUGUGCUGGCAGCGCACCCCGUCGCGGCGGCCCCCCAUCCAGCACAUCAUCGAGCACCUCACCAAUCACCCGCGCCUCAUCUCGCCCUGCCUCGACGGCCCGCAGUCCUCCGUUCAGAUUGAGGACACACGCUCCCUUGAGAUGAUGAUCCCCGACAAGACCCGCAAGUCCUCCCUCUCCAUCAACCAUCGUCUGCAGAACAUGGCGUCGUCCUCGAGCCGGAAGCGUUCGAUGAGUGGAAACAUGAAUGUGCCUCCGCUGACGACGAGCCUGAGCGAGGACGGGAUGAUCGCCGCAGCGCACUCGAACCUGGACGCACUGAACCUCAACCACGUCAUGCUGGAGGAGGGGGAGCCGGGGGAGGACCCACUCCUUCCCCCGGGGCAGUACAUGUCCUCACGGUACGUCUCGUUAGCCCACAAGGAGCAGCCGCAUUGUAAGGAGCGUGAGAGCCUCGUGGGGGGACCGGAGGGGGACUACUGCACCACUGACAUAUCGCGUGACCUGUGGACUAGUGUGACCCCUGUCUAGUGGUGUCGGAGGUGGUGGUGUCGGACCGUUGUGGCGCCAAAGUGUGGACUGAAGUGCUGGUCAUUUUCUGGUCACUCUUAAUUUAUAGUGUUUAAAGAUGUCGCUGGAUGGACCUCAAACUCGGGUGUGACGCCGAUGAUAUUCCUGCGGACCACAGUGAGGGAUUCUUGCGUUCCUUUCCCUCUCCUCGCUGCUCCUCUUCCCUCAUCCCUGCGGAGUAUUUAUUUUUGCUUCCUCUUCCUCUCCGCCCCUCACUGUGUCAAGCAACUUCAGUAUUAUGUCAUUAUGCAAGGGAUGUGUAUGCAAGCUCUGAUGCAAUAUAUCGCUCCACGGACCGCUCCCAUGUGCCAACACUCAACAGCAAUCCUCGCGUGUGACUGUGUCUGUUACCGUGUGUGUCCUCGCCAACACUCUCUCAGGCCGCGCCCCCCACUCCUGCCCACGCACUCAACCGCUUGCCAGGGGGACAUACAGCAAGGAAACAAACAAUGGGCCUGACUCAUGGU